AUGGAACUUGAAGGUCAUGAAUCAAAUGAUUCCAUUUCCAUCCAAAAUGAUUUCCUGGGUGAUGUUCAUCGUCCUUUGGCAAAUUUUCAUCCUGAUAUUUGGGGAAACCAAUUCCUUCUCUACUCCCCUGAUUUCGACAAGGCAAGAUGGGCUUCUAUGAAGGGGCAGGUUGAACAGCUGAAGGAAAAAGUCAGGACAAAGCUUCAGGAAACUGCAAGUAAUCCAUUGGAACAGCUGCAAUUUAUUGAUGCGAUUCAACGACUUGGCAUAGAAUAUCAAUUUGAAGAGGAGAUCAGUCAAGCUUUACAAAAGUUGCAUGAGAAACAUCAAAGUUGGGAGGACAAUGACCACUUUUAUACUGCUGCUCUCUAUUUUCGAAUUCUGCGACAAGAAGGGUUCAGAGUUUCAGCAGACAUAUUCAAGAAAUUCCUGGAUGCUGAAGGUAAAUUUCGAGAAGGUUUGGUCAAUGAUGUGCAGGGCAUGCUUGCACUUUAUGAAGCAGCACAUCUUAGUUUGCAGAGCGAUGACAUUUUAGAUCAUGCCCUGGCUUUUACAAGUAAUCAUCUUCAGUCUUUACCAUGCAAGUUAAGCGAUCCACUUGCUGCGCUAGUAAAUCACGCACUAAUGCAGCCUUACUGGAGGGGUAUACCAAGAUUGGAGGCUAGGAAUUACCUGUCCAUAUAUGAAAAAGGUCCUUUACACAAUACAAGUUUACUAAAGCUGGCUAAGUUGGAUUUUAACAUGCUACAAUCUCUGCACAAGGAGGAGCUACAGGAAAUUUCCUUGUGGUGGAAAGAACUAGACUUUGGAAGAAAGCUUCCAUUUGCGAGAGAUCGAAUGGUUGAGGGCUACUUUUGGAUUAUAGGAGUAUAUUUUGAGCCUCAAUAUGCUCUUGCCAGAAAGAUUAUGUCAAAAGUUAUUGCUAUUGCAUCCAUAAUAGAUGAUAUUUAUGAUGCUUAUGGGACUUAUAACGAACUUGAAAUCUUCACAGAAGCAAUUGAAAGAUGGAAUGUUGACUGCAUGAAACAGCUCCCAGAUUACAUGAAGAUUUGUUACCAAGCACUCUUAGAUGUGUUUGAAGAAAUUGAGGAAGAGAUGGCCAACCAAGGAAGAUCGUAUCGAACAUAUUAUGCCAAGGAAGCACUGAAGUUGUUGGCUUGUUGCUAUUUUGCUGAGGCUAAGUGGCUGCACCAAGGGUACACACCAACUGUAGAGGAGUAUAUGCAAAUUGCAGUGCCAAGCUGCGGGUACCUCACUCUUGCAAUGAUAUCUUUCGUAGGCAUGGGGGAUGUGACAAAGGCAGCCUUCGAGUGGGCAAUGAAUGACCCUGAUAUCAUAAGAGCUUCAUCAAUCGUUUGCAGGCUUAGGGCUGACAUUGUGGGGCACAAGUUUGAACGAGAAAGGGAGCACAUUGCUUCAGCAGUGGAAUGCUACAUGAAGCAACACGGCAUGACGGAGCAGCAAGCGUGCGAGGAACUUUACAAACAAAUUGAGGAUGCAUGGAAGCUCAUGAACCAACAACUCCUUAAACCUACUCCGACUGCUGGUUCCGCUGCACCUGAAUUUGUACCCUCUAAGGCUGUGCUCUUUCGAGUUCUGAACUUGACACGUUUUGCGGAGGUUACUCAUAUGCACAAUGACGAUUAUACACACGUGGGGGAAGCCAUGCAAAGUCAUAUUAAGUUACUGUUCAUUGAACCCGUUUCCAUGUAA